UGCGGCCACGCAGACAUUACUUGCCAGGAGAAAGAAGCUAAGAUGGCCGUUGCCGUACGAACUCUGCAAGAUCAGCUUGAAAAAGCGAAAGAGAGUUUAAAAAAUGUGGACGAAAACAUUCGUAAAUUGACUGGCCGGGAUCCCAAUGAACUUAGACCAGGCCUUGCAAGGAGGCUAACUAUCACAGGCCCUGGUGGAGGUAGGGGGCGAGGAAUUAACAUACUAAGGCGUGGACUCUCGGACAGCGGAGGAGGACCCCCAGCUAAACAGAGGGAUAUUGAAGGGGCGCUCUUGAGGCUGGCCGGAGAUCAGCGAGCAAGGAGAGAUUCACGCAAUGACAGCGACGCUGAGGAUGAUGACGAUGUCAAAAAGCCAGCGUUGCAGUCAUCAGUUGUUGCUACCUCCAAAGAACGAACACGUCGAGACCUUAUCCAGGAUCAGACCAUGGAUGAGAGGGGAAAACAAAGGAAUCGACGUAUGUUUGGCCUGUUAAUGGGAACACUUCAGAAGUUUAAACAGGAGUCUACAGUGGCCACUGAGAAGCAAAAAAGACGUUUAGAAAUUGAACAGAAGCUCGAAGUGCAAGCAGAGCUGGAACGCAAGAAAGUUGAGAGCGAAAGACGAGAGCUCUUUGAAGAAAGGCGUGCAAAACAGACAGAGCUGAAACUUUUGGAACAAAAAGUGGAACUUGCUCACUUGCAAGAAGAGUGGAACGUGCACAAUGCUAAAAUAAUAAAGUACAUCCGUACAAAAACAAAGCCUUCAAUUUUCUAUAUUCCUGGUAGGAUGUGCUCAGCCACUCAUAAGCUCUUAGAGGAAUCUCAGAAAAAAAUGAAUGUCUUGUUUGACGAGAGGCGCGCUGAGUUUGCUGAACAGCUGAACAAGAUGGAAGUGCGUCCCAGGCGCCAGUUACUGAGGGGCAAAGACCAAGAGGACAAUCGGAAUGAAGACCAGAAGAAGGAAGAGCAAGAGGAGGGUAAGCCAACCGGGCAGGAGGUGGAGGUGACAGGUAACCAGAAUGAUAUAGAGAUGGAAGAGGCAGUUGAGGGGGAUGCAGAGAUGAGCGUAGAGCAGGCUGUCAGGGAGCAGGGAGAGGAUGCAGUGCAAGAACAGAAGCAGUCAGUGGGAAUGGCAGGGGCAGAGGAAGAGGAGGAAGAGGAAGGAGAGGAGGAGGAGGAGGAUGAUAGGUUAGUGGAGGGCCGGGAGGUGGAAGAGCAGAGGGGGGUUACUGAGACUAGGAAGGUUGAGGAUAGCCAGUGUAGGGGUGGGGACGUCCAGAUGGAAGAACCUAAUGAAGAACCUAAAGAAGAGAGUCAAGGACCAGUGGAGAUGGAGGUAGGUAAUGAGAAGAAGAUGGAAGAUGUGGUCGAGGGAGACGGAGAGCCUCUUGUAGUAGAACCCAUAACAGAGUCGGAGAGCCAAGAGAACGGCCUUGAAACCUGUACUGCCGCAAAAGAGCAACCGUCUGAGGCGCAGGAGCCCCUGGUUCCGGAGCCAGGCGCUGAAGUAGCCGAAGUAGCUGAAGCAGCUGCUGCAGUUCCCGAGACCCAGGUUACCCAGCAGCCGGCUGUACAUCAGCCCUUUGGGCCGGUGGAGAGGCAGGAGCACACACUCCAGCCGCAAGCGGAAGACGAGGCCAAAGAGCAAGCUGGCCAGGGCGACGGCAGGGGCAGAGCCAAGGAUAAGAAGAAGAGCCGGAGCAGCAGCAGGAGCUCGUCCUCCAGCAGCAGCUCCAGCUCCAGCGGCUCCAGCGGUAGCAGCUCCAGCUCCAGCAGCAGCAGCCGGAGCAGCUCCACCAGCAGCACCAGCAGCUCCAGCACCAGCAGCCGGAGCAGGAGUCGUAGCCGGGGCAGGGGCGGGGGGGGCCACGCCAGGGACAGGAAGCGCAGGAGGAGGCCCUCAGAGAAGGAGAGGGACAGGGAGAGGAAGAGGGGUGGAGGAGUGGGUGCCGAGAGGAGCCACAAAUCGUCCAAGGGCGGCAGCAGAGAUGGGAAAGGUUCCAAAGACAAGAGCUCCAAGUCAGACAGGAAGAGGUCUGGCGCUGAAGGCAGUCGCUCAGGGAAAAGGCCCUCCCGGAGCGACAGGGACCGGAAGUCAGACAGGAAAGACAAGAGGCAUUAAAGAAAGCCGAGUGUGGCAAGUUUCUUUUCUUAUUUUAAAAGUGGAAAGCCAGUUGCUUCAGGAAAGUAUUGUGUACGGACACAGGGAAGAGGGUUUAUCUGUUAACUACGCCUUAAACUUUACAUUACUGUUCUCAAAAACAUUACUUACAAAUAAUGUGGGAUUUAAAAGUUUUCCCCCAUUUUAAACAUGGCUUGAUAUUUGUCUCAUUGCCCAUUUAACUGUUGCAGACUUGCCAUGUUUCAAAGCUUGUAUUGCUUGAACUCGCUUACAAACGAGUUACAUGAGGAAACGGAAUACUUGGGAGUCAAGAGCUCUUGUGUGCAUUUUAAAAUGAGUGAAUGUCACAAUUGUGUUUUUUAAUAUGAAAAGAAACCUUGGUGAAUUUUUUUAAAAGAACAAGCUUAAUUUUUUUUAUUCUACUGCGGAUAAUGUGAUUAAUUAAUUUCUCGUUUUUUUCUUGGAGACUGUGGGUAAAUCACCAUAAUUCGAAAUGUCUUAAAUGAGUCAAUGAUCUUACUUGGCUAAAAGAUUCUGUGCUGGUGUUACGCCACAUGCCACAGUCCAGCUUCAUAUGUAGUUACGCCAGUUUGUCCCCGUUAUAAUGUAAAGCGAGUGUAAUUUGCAGUUGUUUAGCUGUGUGAAUGUCAUACCUUCACAUGUAAUUAAUUACUUGGUAAAUGUUUGACAUAGAGAUGAUCAAGUGCUUCAUCAGAAGAAAGAUUUUGUGGAAAGCACUUAGGAAGCUCCUGUUUUUUUUUCUACAAAUGGAACACUGCCGUCUACGUAAAUAAAAUGAAUAGCUGGCUCAAGUA